UUUAUUGGGGCGAAAUGUAGAGACCGUCAAAGAAAAAGCCACGAAAAUCACAAAAAGCCACCAGAGAAAAGUGAAAACAACGCGUGUUUCGAUAACGAAAGAACCAGCAGAAUCAUGGAUUACGAAGAAUUAGCCGCUACCGAAGAGCUGAAUCAAGUGGAACGCAAGGAAAGCGGCAAAAGGGGACGCAAACCGGGCCGGAAAGCAUCCACGGAGAAGAUAGACAUGAAAGCCAAACUUGAGCGUAGCCGACAAAGCGCAAGAGAGUGCCGGGCACGCAAGAAGCUCCGCUAUCAGUAUCUGGAGGAGAUGGUCACGGAUCGCGAGAAGGCCGUCUUCGAGCUGCGCCGCGAACUGGAGAAGCUGUACUCCUGGGCCCUGGAAGUAGAAGCCGGUCGCUUCCCCGAUGGUCUGCAGGAGUUGCUCGAGGAGCUGGGUGCGAUGAAGCAGGAGUGAACUGCUGGAAUCCCGCCACCACACACACUCCAUCAGCGAACCAGCGAUUAGUCCCGGUUCGUGAUUUUAGUUGUUUAAGUUUUAGACGUAGUGUCGUCGUGCCGCCAGUCUCUCGCUCUCUCUUCGGUUGUAAGGGUAUUCAUUCCCUGUAGCCAGGUGUUGACCGACCGCGUUUUUCCGUUUUUUAUGUUACGUUUUCCUGACUUCCUUCCAGCUUAGUUUCUAUUUCGUUUUAUCUGCUUCCGUUGGAUGUUUCGUUAAGCAAUUUGCCAAAAAGAAGAAUAUGAGAAACGGAGGAAAAAUAUAUUACAAAAAAAGGAAAAAGAGAAAAACGAAAACAGCACAAAAAGAAGAAGAAGAAGCAAUCAUAGGGACCCAGUAUAAUGUACGUAUGUGAGCGAGCAGAACAGAUCGGAGAUGGAAUCAAACAGUUACCUCAGUUCAAUGGCGCCCACGACACCACAGCGGUGGAGGUGGCUUUUUGGCGGCACACUUAACAUGGUUUCAGCAGCAUCAAACGUAGCUGCCGGCAAAAUUUGCGGAAAGGACCUAGCCUUCGCCCCCCCCAGGCGCUUACUGUGGCCGGCUGGACUGGAACGGUGUGUUUUAAUAUACACUUUAGUAUACUACUUCAUUCAUUCGUGUACAAAUUGAUGCUUACAACGAAAGACGUGAUAAGUAUGUGUCAAUAUGAUAUGGAUUGGUGUAUUAUUUUAAGACAAUUUUUAAUGAGCCGUGUUUAUGAUAUAAAGAAAAAAGAACUAUUUUAUGUUCCUUAGUUACGUUGUGUUGACGUUGCAUUGUUUCGCGAAGAAAGAUUGAAUGUCACUAGGCUGCGGUGAGCAACAAAGUGGUUAUUAGUGCCGGAAAGCCGUAGUAGCCUCGGUUUCACUAUUUGCCUCCUUUGUCGAAACCCCGGUAACAGCUGCCUACAAGAAACAGUUUUUGCUAAGAGAGAUAAAGAACCUAUUUUUGUAUGGUAUAUUCAACACUUUCAAUAAUAAACAGAAUCUUUCCUUCAACACAA